GUUAGAUUUUAUUAUUUAAACUUUGAUAACUUUUAACAUCAUAUGAUCAUGAUGGCUACCCAUAUGAUUGAACCAAAAAUUGUUGGUCAAUACCAAAACGUACUACUAGCUGGUUUGACGAUGACAAGUUGAGCAAAUGAAAUAACAACAUCGUAAUUUAUUUUUUGUUAAAAUAAAAUUUCUUGGGAAUCUAGAAUCUACUUGUCUACUCUUAGUCUUAGGCUAGGUAGUCUACUUAGUCAGUCUAGUAUAUUAAUAUUAGUAAUCUAGUAGUAGUAGUAAUAAGUAGUUUUAGUUAGUAUUUAGUAGUACCUACCCCUUCAGCGUGGUGUUAUUUAUGAAAAAGAAUAAAAUAAAUGGUGAUACUACUACUGAUACUGAUACUGAUACUCAGAUUGGACUUUCUCUGCUAUCAAUAAAUCAUGUGGGUUUGGGGUUAACACUUAUUAAUAUUAACAGGCUUGAUCAUAGUUCAUAAUUUAUAGAGUCAUAGUCAUAAAAAAAUUGGAGCAGGUAACUAGUUUUACAAGGUGUCCCUUUUUGUAGAAGAUGUCAUAAACAACUGACAACAUUGAAAAUGCAUUAACAGUCGGUCGUCAGGAAGUUUGUUAAAAGAUUGGAACCAAACUUUCCUAUUAAGCCUAUUACCAUGAUUUUGGUUUUAAACACAAGCUUUCAGCUUAAAACACCACAUUGUUGACAAGGUCUGUUUAAUAUAAAAUAUUGGAUUUUAGCACCUGGAUGUUUUGGCCAGUGUUAGUGUUAUUAAUAUUUUUAACAGUGCUUUUAAUAAGUAAGCCUAAAGCAAACGAAGUUUCUACACGUCCGGCAUGCCGGACAAAUAGUGUGGGAGAUAUACGUCCGGCGGCCAUGUCAUGUAACCGCCGGACGACUGGUAGGCGUUAUUAUUCCGGCCGAUUAUGUGACAAGUGGUUGCCGGCAAAAUAGUUGCAUUGCAUUGAUUAGGGAUAACAAUACUUGUCCACGCACCGUUCUGCGCAUGUCCUAAAAUGUCGAAAAAACGUGUUCUGCAAUAUGGCGUACAGCAACACGGUAUCAUUGGAAAAUUGCAGACUACGUCACCUUUGUUUAUUAAAUAAUUGCGUUCCUCAUCACUGACGUAUCAGUUUUUGUGUUCCGGUCAUAUAUUGAUUUAUGCUACGAUAUUUUUUUUGCAUCACGGGCAGUAUUAUUAUGAUGACUCGGUUGGUAUAUAAAUCGCAUAAAUACUUUUUUACUUGUAAAGCCACCAAAAUAAGGUUUAGUGCUCCAUAAUCUACAUUCAUUGUAAGAGUUUUUUCAUUUUUUGAGUUAUUAUCGUUGAGGUCUCGAUAAAAAGUUAUGCCACCCGCGAAUAAGUGGGGGGUAUGAAAUUAUCAUUAUUUUUUUUAUUUUGACCGAGAAGCCGGAAAUGGCUGCUAUCACUGUUAUUCGUUAAUGUUAAAUCCUUAAACAUCUAAAUAAUUAUAAGACGCUUAAAAUGAAUCAUUUUAAGAAAAGAUUAUAAGCAAACUUGAAAAGUUUAUAUAGUAACCAAGGGUUGGUUUUAAGUUUUAUUUAUUACGUUAAAAAUUGUGUAGGGUACCGGUACACAGUUUAUCGUUCAUUCAUUAUUGAAUCAAUAUUUAAUAGUUUUACAUAGUAAUAUCGAUAAUAAUAAUCGUUUUUCUCUUAUUAAUUAUUUCAGAGAAUAUUACUAAAAUUAGGCCUACUUAUCAUUAUCAGUUAUAAUUAUAAACAACUGUUAUUAUAAUCCUAUUUAGGCCUAAGCUUAAUUUUUCUUACUAAUUCUAUUACAAUUUACAAGUAUAGACUAUAAGUUCUAUAUAUUUAAAUAUAACAGUUUUAUUAAAAUACAUCAAAUUAAUAAACAAGACUCAAACAACAUCAUCAUAGCAAUUAUAUUUUUAUUAGGACAUAGAAAAGCAGUACAUAGACAAUUAUUUAAUAUAUAAAAUAAUUUUUUUAAAUGAAUUAGUCUCAUCAUUAUCAUAUUAUCAUGGAUGAUAUUUGAGUAAUUUUUAUCUAUAAUUACCAUGCUUUCAAUUUUAUAAAUAAAAAAGACUACUUACCUUUUAAUAAAUAUAAUAACUGAUUUAAAAUUAACACAAGCAUAAUAAAAUUAAUUAAAAUUCAAUAAAUAAUAAUAAAUAUGGACAUAUGGUGAGGUUUUUUUUUCGUUUUUUCCUGCAUAAAUAUUGAUUUUCCCAAUUUUUUUGUUCACUUUUUUCUGAACAUACCCACAAAUAAAUUUAUAAAAAAAUAAAAGUCUUAAUGUUAUAUAAAAGUUUUGUUGUUUAUUAUACUGUAUAUUGCAUUGAGAAUGUCUCCUGAAAAUUUGGUAGCAUUAUCUUUUAAAAUCAAAAAGUUUUGGUUAAAAUAAGGCAGAAAUUUUGAAAGUGGGUCACAUGUUUUUUCAGUUUAAUACUAAGAUAAAGAAGGGGGUGUUUAAAAAUCACCAAAAAAAUCAUAACUCCACUUCUAUAAAAGAUAGAAAGAUGAAAUUGGUGUUGUUGUAAAGCUUAUAGCUGGCCCUUUAAAAUGAUGUAUCAUUCAUGGCAAUUUGACAAUAUUUAAAUUUUGUGUCAAAGUACCUACAUUGAUAUUCCGAUCCCUAGAUAAUAAAUAAAUGCUGAACAUGUUAAUAUAUUCAAAUGCUCUGAGGUACAUAAAGUGUUUGACUUUGAAUAUUAAACUAGUCGGCCUAUAUACUAACUAGUAGUACUAUUACUGCUACUAUUACUAGUCUAUUUGAUUCAGACUCUUCAUAGUCAAAGGAAAAAGUACCUAAUCUUGGUUAAUACAUCUUGUAAAGCUCUACCUUGAAGCCUAAAUUUAAAAUAUGAACCAAAUAAAAUAAUACGAGUAGACUUCAAAUAGACCUAUGUCAAUAAAGUUGUAUUUCAGGAUUAGUAUUUAGUAUUGCAUGAGAAGUAGGCUAGGCUACCACUAUAUCUGCCCUAUAUUAAGAGGUAGGGUCUAUUUCUUUGUAAACUAUCGGCCUCCACGCCAUUAAAUUUAAUUAUUUAUCAGCUUCACUAUUACUUUUUUAGCAUUCAUAUUUUUUAUUAGCGUAAUUCUCUCCCUCUCAGCAUUACUUCCUUCUAGAAUGCAUCAUUACUUAAUACCCACUUUGUUUUGGUAAUAUACCCAAGUAUUUUUUUUCUAUAAUAAGUUUGCAAGAUACUCAGUACAUUACUUGGUAGAGAAAUAGAUUUUAAGAUUAACAAUAGUUUUGAAUCAUUUGCGGUCACGUGACAAGGCUGACAGACAAAUAUCUCUCACCACUUUGUUAUGGCGGUCAUGUGACUUGGUCACCGGACAAAUAGUGCGGGAGAUAUACGUCUGGUGUGCAGGACGUGUAGACACUGCCUAAAGCAAAUGGCUGAAAUUGUCCUUGUUAUUGUUAUGAUUAUCAAUAUCAAUGUUGAUUCUUUGAGAUAUAAAGAUCUUAUAAAAAUGAGCUAAAAACGCUUAAGUUAUGAUGGCAAUUUGUUUAUUUAAUGUCUGAUCUUUUUCAGUCCUAAUAUAAUUAUUAAAAAAUAUAAUUCAAAUGUUUAUUAUUGUUUCAUUUUUGUGUGAAUUUUACUAUUUUACCAUAUCGAUAUUCUGGGGCAAAGUAGAAUUUAGAUAUAAAUUAUAAGGCUGCUUAUUUACUAAAUGUAGAAUGACGUGAAUAUUAUUAAAACAUCACCUCUUAAAAGUGUUUUAAAAGACUGCUAUUAAAAGAAAUUAAUUUUAAAAUCUAAUGUUAAUAUAAUUUUUAAAUUAUGUUGAUUAAUUAAAAUUAGUUUAGAUCAAAUCCUGACAUCAUUUAUUCUCUUUUUAUUUGGUCCUUAUGCACUGACUGACAUUAUACAAUGAUGAAUUGUCAAAUAAUUAAAAUUGCACCUAUCAGAAUAGUCAACUUAUACAAAAUAAAAGGCUUUAAUUUAUUCCUCAAUUUUAAAUUCUAUUAAGUGAAAACGGAUAUUAUCUUGAAAAUGCUUAACAUUACAAGGAGAAGGCUAUUACAGUUACAGCUUAUCACUCUUUUUGCUUUGACUGUCAAAUUUUAUAAUUUUAAGUUUAGUGGUGUUUUUGUGAUGGUAUUUUAAGCUUUGUUUCAUUAUCAUCAAGAUCCAAUUGCCAUUUGUACAUGUGUCUUUCGGCCUGAGGCCAUGGUGAAGAAUUUAGGCCUACACACUCUCUACAUCUGUUCUUUGUUUGUAUAUUUAUACAGGGUGUUGAUGUAGUCUGGUCAUUUUGGUAGAUAGUUAAGCCUUAAAUCCUGAAGAGCUGGGUAGUGAAAAAGGUGAUGUUUUACUGUGUCAUUUAGAUGCCACAUAUGUGUUUACCUUGUUUUUGCAGUUAAUAUGAGAGUAAAGUAAGUUGUAUGUCUCCUGCGUUAAGACACAUUAUUAUGAUCUGUUGAUGCCUUUGAAGGCCAUUUAUUGGAUCCUUAGAUUCUGGACUGGGCAUGUGACAUAUCUUCCUGUUGAGCCCAUACAUGUAAUCACUCUUCUUUUUUGUUAGCCCUGAUAAUCUGCUUCAAAGUGUUGAGUGAUGUUGGUAUGUUUCAUUGUUCAUUGUAUGCUCCCUGUUUUGCUAGUUUGUUUUCACUUUUAUUUCUCAGUAUAUUUUGGUGUCCUGGUUUCUAGUGUAAGGUUAGCAUAACUGCACAGGUUGUGGGGAAGGUAUUUAUUUUCAGAAAUGGUGAUUUUAUCAGAUAAUAUAACAAAAUUCCUUUGCCUUUGUUAGCUGGGGUAAGCUGUGAAGACUUCAGUAUUAUAUACACUAUAGUAAUUAUCUCAAUUGUCUCCCAUUAGUGGUUCACACAUUCAUUGUGAUAUAUCUUUGGUGACACUGAAUACCUGUCGUUUUGCUGUAUUCUAGUUGUCUAGCAGCUGGCUCUUCCCAGUUUUUCUUCAAUUUUAGCUUGAGUCUUGCUCAAACUAGAUGUGAUCAGAUGCAACUUCAGCUCCUCUCUUAGCACGUCAUCUUGUAGAGCCUUCUGAAUUUUUUGCUAAUGCAUAUGCAGUCAGUUUGGUUUUCUGUACUGUUAUCAGGGGUACCCAAGCUACCUUGUGGAUUUUCUUAUGCUGGAAUAGCUCCCCCCAAUAGUGACUCAUUUGCCAUGCAGAAGUCUGCCUGUCUUUUGCUAUUUUUCAUUUCUCUUUCCUAAACCAUGGCAUCUUAUAAUUUCUUAACAUCCUCUUAGAUCUUUCACAAUCUUAGCAUUUAGAUCUCCCAUUAAGAUAUUUUUAAAUUAAAGAAACAUGACCACAUUCAACCACACAUGCGGCAACUCCACUGGCUUCCAAUAUCCUCUCGCAUCAAAUACAAGUCUUCCAAUCUUUGCUUCAACUCGUUCACUGACCCUCACUUUCCUGUCUAUCUCUCUGAACUGUUGCUUCCUUACAUCCCCACAAGACAACUACGUUCUUCCAUUGACAGUAGAACCCUCUCAAUCCCAAGAACUAAAACUAAGACCAUCGGUGAACGCUCCUUCUGCUUCCAUGGGCCCACGUUCUGGAACCAGCUCCCCUUCCAUAUACGUCAUAGUGAAACCUCGUCCAUUUUCAAAAAGUCCCUUAAAACUCAUCUGUUUAGGUCCGCCUAUGACCUGUGAUGCACCCUCCUUGCCCUACCUAAUUUUCUGUUUCGGUUUAAUCCUGAAGUGUCAAAGUGUCCUCUUUUUAUAGCCAUUUUCAUUGUUUCUAUAGAAUAGUAGUUACUAUCCUAGUGUCUCAUUUGUAUUUACUUAGUUUACUUGUUUUAAUAUUUGUAAAGCGCUUAGAGCUUUAUGAUAAGCGCUAUAUAAAAAUGCCUAAAUAAAUAAAUAAAUAAAUUUAGAUCUCUACCUAGAAAUUUUUUCUAGUAUAGUUUGUAGUCUAUUGUAGAGAGCUCCUUUUUAUCUUACUAGCGCUGAUGGGGGCAUAGCAUUGUAUUUCAUAUUUAUUUUCUUUUUCUUGGUUCAGAAUGUUUUUUGUAAUAAUUCUUGGACCAUGGGCUUCCCAUCCUACCAAUGCCCCUUGUGACAUCAUGAAAGCAACUCCCUGUGUGUGUUUCUCCCUAGGUUAAUGUUAACUUUCCGGCUUGUGUCCAUCAUGUUUCACAAAUGCAGAGCAGGUUGAGCUUGUAUAUUCUCAUUUCUGACACCAUUUGAUAUGAUGUUCCUGUCUCAUACAUGUUUCUAACAUUCCACAUGCCUUUUGAAAGGAGGGUCCUUGGCUUUGAGGCUUCUAGUAUUACCUGGCUCUGCCCUCAAGGCUUCAUAACUCUCCUUGGAGAAGAAGAGCCCUCUUUUAUCAGGGCUGAAAGGGUUUUUUUUUUUCUUCUUGACGUUUCUGAAGCAGUUUUUUUUUUACAUGUGAGUUAGCUGAUUUCAUGCCAAAUCUCCUCCUUUUGCAUUUGAACUUGGGACUGGCCAUGGUGGAGACAUUAAAUCCUCUGGUUAGGAUAAAAGGGUUAUUUUUCUGCAGCUAGUAUUGUUUUUAAAGGGUCAGUACUUUUCUAUCUUUUCUAUUAGGUCUGUCUUGAUGUAAGCAAUUUUUAAAUGUUUUUUUUUUUUUUAAUAAGUAUUUAGGUAUGAUUUGCUAGUUAUCUGGGUCUGUUGGUAAGUUUUGUUUCUCUUCAAUUUCAGAGGCUAUCUCUAGUAUUAAUUUCUUUUUUAUUCUAUGGUAUAGUCUCCAUUUGUCUAUUUGUGUGUUGUUUGUCUAGCAUAAGCUUUGUUUAAAAACAGUCUGAAUCUCCUUCGUGAAACUGUAUAGCUUUUAAGUAGAAAAAUGCAUCUCUUGUAUGUUUGCUCUAACUUUUUUUCUUUUUCCCCGCAGGAGAUUAAAAUGAAACCACUUGUUAAAACUGCCUUAUUUUGUGCCGUCACCUUGGCCAGUUUUUAUGUUUUGGAUGCUUGCAAUGAGGCUGUAUGUGCUCCUUUGGUCAGCAAGUGCAUGCUUAUCAAAUGCUGUGACUGUGACAUGGCAAUUAAAGCUAAUUGCUCUUGUUGUAAUGACUGCCAAAUUUGUUUGUCAAAGCUCUACACAGAGUGCUGUUCUUGUGUUGGUAAGCUAUUGUUUAUUUACUCCCUAGUAUUUAAUUAUGAAAGCAUCAAGCUGUUUGGUUAAAUUUAAUAUGUAAAAAUUAAAUUUUACAUGCAACAGAUAGCUUUCACUUAUUUAAAAAAUGGUUAAAUUCAUCUUAAAUAUGUUGUUAGUUAAUCUUAACCUUUUGAAUCAAUUGUAUGAAGUUUAAAGUUAUAUUAUGCUUUAUAUAAAAUUUUAAUUAAAACAUUUAAAAAAAAGUUAUUUCAUCAAUUUGUACAAAUCAUUCAAUAAAAGGUCUGUGUGAUAAGCCUGAUCCAGAAGAUGACAUGGCAAGAAGUAGUUCAGUUGAAGAGAUCUCUGACCCCAUUCCUGACCUAUUCAAGGUACUCACAGAUGAGGAAGAUCGUGAACAAAGAUGGACAACAUUUACAUACGCUGUUGAUUUGGACAAGCUCAUCAUGCAGUCAGGGAAAAAACCUGGGAUGGAGGCUCAACAAAUAACUCUAGGUAAAAAGGACUUUUUAAAUAUAAACAGGUGUGCAGUGGUUUUUUCCAACAAAUUAAAAAAGGGAAACAAAAAGAUUAAAAACAUUAAUAUGUUUACUAUGAGAGAUUCCAAGCCAAUACAAGUGUAAAGCACUGUUUGAUUAGCAGCUGUUGUUGCAAUUUCUACACUUUGUAUUCUGUAUAAAAAUAAAUAUCCUUGAUUGUCAUCCUACUGCUACAGAUUUUCUCUUUUCACAAUGCAUAAUAGAUGUCUAAAGUUGUUUUAUUUCUAAACUUUGUAGUAUAAAAGUAAAAAAAAUAUUUUAAAAAGACAUUAGGGAAUUGUCAAAUUCUUUUAGCAUUAACCUACCCAUUUUUAAAAAAAAAAAUAACUUUUUAAUUUUCAAGAUAAUCACGCCAAGAAAACAAAAAGAUACACUGGUACAGUAACAUGUUUCAGGAAUGGUUGUUGCAAUAUGGAAUCUGCUUUUUUCUUAGGUAAAGAUGAUGGUUUGGGUACAAGGACAAAUGAAUUUGAGACAGGGCAGCUCUUAGGGAUAAAAAACUGCACCGUUGCUUUUUUCUCUGACUGCAUGCCAAUGGCUAAAUGCAAAGCAUCUUGCAAAUCAAUGGGAGCUGCCAAAUACAGAUGGUUUCAUUCUAAUGGCUGUUGUGAAUGUGUAGGAAAUUCUUGCUUUGACUAUGGUCUCAGUGAACCAAAGUAAGCUUUUUUUUUUCUUAACUGAUAUCACCAAUUUAUUAAAAAGUUUUGUAAAAUGUGUACCUACAAACCAGUGCAAUUUUGUAAACUAUUUUUAGAGCAAGCUUAAGUUAAACCAUUGUUUCUCAAAUUUUUCCAGUUGUACAUCAUUAGCAGAUGUCUCUGAUUUAAAAGUGGCCCCUUUUGAAAACACAGCCCCCACCCCCCUAAAAACUAAUGAGGCUUUCAGCACCUUCCUAGGCAAUCUCAAUGUCCACUGGUGAUCCGUACUGCCUACUUUGAGAACCAAUGCUUUAAACCAUUAAUUGAGUUGUGAAAAAUACCAACUAUAAAGGAUAACUGGGCAUUCAUAAUUUUACAACUUUAUUUUAAAGGCUUGAAAAUGAUUUUAAAUUACUGUAACCUCAGAUGGUGCUAUGUGUUGUGUUACAGAAUAACUUUUACAGAGGAACAAUUUUAAAAGAAAUAAUAAAUUAUGCUGCUAUGUUAUUGCUCUCCAGGUGCUUAAGAUGUUCUGAUAGUGCCUUUGCUGAUAACCCAGAUAAACACCACUCAACAAAGACAGACAAAAGUAGUGAUGGACUCCACCAGUCAGUGUCAGUUGUCAAUAACUAGCACCUAUGAUGAUCAUAUCCACUGAACAUUGCAGGACUGGAAAGUUUUCAUUUGUUGGAAUGUUCCGGAUGAUGCUGAUAUUGACAAUAUCUUGGCAACUGGCCAUUUGUGAGCAGUAUUCUAAUGUGGUCCUAGAGGAUGAUGGAAAUCUUUAUUUCAUUAAAUUAAUUCAUGAUUUGCAUUUUAAACUGUUUGUACAUCAUCAUUGCCUUCAUAUCAUGAGACUGAAAAAUCGUAAACGUUUUGGUCCUCACCGCAUUUACCCAAUUCUUAGAUAAACGCAACAUUUUACACCUAAAUACAGAUAAUUGAUGUGAUUCUAUAAGUAGUACAGCCAUUAUAUAAAAAAAUUAUUUGAUGUUGAUGAGCCACUUGUAUUUGGGUGCACCCAAAUUUAAUUCUUUUUGUAAAGAUCUGAUUUACAUCUUCAGUCAUUGUUUUUAUCAUUUCCAUUUCAGCUUCAUUAUACCUCAGUGCCUUUAGACUAUAUGUUAAGUUUUAUAACAUAUUACCACUUUUAUCUUUCUGUAAGACCGAGAGAAACUUUGAUGAAAAUAAUUGUAAUACAGACUAAUGUAUGUGUUUAAUUUUGUCAAGCUUAAAAUAACGUUCAUUGGGAUUUUAAUUAAAUUCACUGAUGUGUCGCAAAGAGCCACUAUAUGUGCAGCCUCAUAUCAAAUACAGCUGUUUGAAAUAUGUUUGGUUUGAAAUGUAGUAUAUUUUUAACAUAAGUUUGGAAGUGAUGAUCUAUUUUCUUGGGGCAUUUAACUAUUUUGACCUGUACUUACUAAAAUACAUUUAUUUUAUAUAUAUAUAUAUAUAUAUAUUUAUAUGUGCAGUGACUUGUACUGUAGUACUUAACAUAUAUCAGAAACAUAAAAAUUGAGCUUUUAAAUUUCAUUUCAGAUUAAAUGAUGAUUUUAGUUUAGUGACUUAAAUUUCUCAGUAGUAGUAGUACAUUAUGUUCAUUAAAAUCAAAAUUAAUCAAUCAAAAUGUAUAAAGUAGUUUAAAAAUAUGAUUUGCUAAUUGAAGUUGUGCAUGUUUGUGUUAUUUUUUGUUUAAAAGAAAAAAACAACUGUUUCCAUUUUUACAAUUUUUAUUAUUGUAUACAGGUUUGCAUACCAAAGAAACUUUUUUCUGUACCUUAAAAAUUGGGACAUUUAAAACAUUUAUGAAUCUUACUAAGCUCUUACUAAAUAAAAUAAAAUUUUAUGGUGCUUUCUUUGGAGACAUUUUUGUGGGAGAGGAUUUUUUCUAUAAUCUUUUAAAUUGUUUUCUUUUUUUUCUUUUUUUUUAUAAUGUUCACUCCAAAAAACAACAAAAUGAAGUACAAGAAAUUUUCAUUCCCGUUUUAUUCUUUCUUGUUUCUUAUGCUUUUCUUUUCUAUUUAUAUAAAUGAAAAAGGUUGUGAUUUUUCUGAUAAACAUAUCAUUGAUUUUGCUUUUAAAACUAUUUUAUUUGCUAUUAAUCUACUGGGCAGAUUUCUAGUUGGUAUUCUAUAGAACAAAUUAAAGCAGUGGUCAUAAACUGAGAUAAAAGCAUAGUUUCGGGUAGUGCCAUAGAAAUUUGGUUGUCAGUUAUUUUAAAAAUCUUAAUCACAUACAUUUCAAUGAAAUUAAAAUUGGCCAGGGCAGAAUAAGUAAUGAGCAGAAGUCAAUUAAUUUUUUUUGUUGUUGUUGCGAUAUGUAGAUCUGUUAUUGUUACAUCUAUGAGUUAUAAUGGUACUCCUCCCCCCUCUUCUCUGAAUACUAUUGUAGAUUUAAUGCACUAAGGCAGUGUUUCUCAAUAUUUUUUUUUCCCCAUAGUCCUAUUUUAGCGCUUAAAUAGGUUGAAUGCUCUAGUCCAACACCCUCCUCAAAACCUAGUGGUAGAAUUAAAAAAUAUCUCCAUGCUGCUGUUGAACAAUAGGAUUUCAAUUCCAGAUUAAAGGCUGUUCCACAAAUCUGUGAAAAAUAGUUGUGUUGCAUUAAAGUGCUUUUUUUUUUUUUUUUUAAAGUGUACUGUCUAACAUCCCAACACCCCGCUCCCUUUUUGAAGAAACAUAUCCUAUCUCACACUUGGAGAUACAAUUCCUCUCAUUAAUUAGUCUUCAAAUUGCCUCACUGUGGAGCUUACUAUGUUUGAAAACACUGCAUUAAGGGUAGAGUUAGUGUUGAGGGGUGGAGCCAUCACCUAAAUAUUAGCUGGAUCUGAAGAGUCAGACAUCUUGCCAGGUGAUCAGAUUUCGAUAAAUUGUUGGGACUUUGCUUGGUAUCUGAUACAUUGUUUCAUACUUUGCUUGAUCUUUUAUGUUUUCAUUACUUAUCUCAUGUAGGUGAGGUCAAUUAUGAAGGGUCAAAGUAUUUUUAGUCAAAGGUAAUUUACUAGAUUAGUCAAAAAAUACAAAUGAAAGAAACAUGCACUGUCUUAAUUGACCUUUCAGCUGGUCACUGCAUUUAUCCUAUUGUAUUCAAUUAAACUGGUUUGUAUUAAUGUUCUGUAUAAUUUUAAUUUGUGUAAGCAAAUUGGCUAACUGAUUUAAAAUAACAUUCUGUAAAUUACUGAAAUAAUUAUAAAUUAAAAUUUUGAC